AGCGACAGAGUCUCGGCUAGGGCUGGGGUAACACUGCCGGGUCCUUGCUGCUAGCGGUCAGCAUGCAUCUCCACCUGCUCGCGCUGUUGGCGCUGUGCGGGGCGGGCUGCGCGGUGGCGGGUCCCAGCUACAGCCUGCAGGGGAGCUGGUGGGUGAGCCAGGGGAACGGCUCCCUGGAGCUACCGGGGACUGUCCCCGGCUGCGUGUACAGAGCCCUGUACCAGCACGGGCUGAUCCAGGAUCCUUACUACAGAUUUAAUGACCUCAACUACAGAUGGAUUUCCUUAGAAAACUGGACCUACAGCAAGAAAUUCAAAAUCCCCUUUAAUGUCAGUAAUUGGCAGAAAGUAAAGUUGAUUUUUGAAGGAGUUGAUACAGUUGCAGAAAUCCUGCUCAAUAAUGUCACCAUUGGGAAGACAGACAACAUGUUCACUGGCUAUAGUUUUGACAUCACCAAAGUGGUCAGAGACACGAACUCCUUAGAGCUGCGGUUCCAGUCGGCAGUACAAUAUGCCAAGCUUCAGAGCAAAGCUCACACUAGCUACCCAGUGCCUCCAGCCUGCCCCCCCAAGGAGCAGAAGGGUGAAUGCCAUGUCAACUUUAUCCGAAAGGAGCAGUGCUCCUUCAGCUGGGACUGGGGGCCUUCCUUUCCCUCUCAAGGAAUCUGGAAAGAUGUUAGAAUUGAAGCCUAUAACAUUAGUCAUCUGAAUUACCUCACGUUUUUGCCAGUAUAUGAUAACACUUCCCAGGAGUGGACUGUUGAAAUCGAGGCUUCUUUUGACGUGGUCAGCUCAAAGCCAGUUGGUGGUCAGGUGACUGUAGCCAUCCCUCAACUGCAAACACUGCAGACAUACAACAUUAAACUUCAACAGAGGCAAAAGACUGUUAAACUCCUUGUGAAAAUUAGCAAGGUAAGUGAUGUCACUUCUGGGGAAAUGCUGGAUCAAUGUACUUGAGUUCAGGGAAAGCAG